UAUGAAUAAUCAUUUAAAAACUGUCUUACAGAAGAUAAAGAAGUAGAGGAUGGAUCUUAGUAAUCAGAUAUAGAUUGGUAAACCUAUAUNAGAAAUGUCUAUUCCACUGAAAGAAUUGAUUGAAAGACAUUGUGGAGGUGUUAGAGGAGGAUGGGAUAAUCUUAAAUGUAUAAUUCCUGGAGGUUCAUCUGUACCUAUGUUACCUAAAGAAAUUUGCGAAACUGUAUUAAUGGAUUUUGAUGCAUUAAGAGAUGUUAGAUCAGGAUUGGGAACUGCUGCAGUGAUUGUCAUUGAUAAAUCCACUGAUAUUAUUGAUGCAAUCUUGAGAUUAAGUAAAUUCUAUAAACAUGAAUCAUGUGGAUAAUGUACUCCUUGUAGAGAAGGAACUUCAUGGUUGGUUGAUUUAUUAGAAAGAAUGAAAGUGGGGAAUGCUGAUUUUGCUGAAAUUGAUUAAUUAGAAGUAUUUUUCUUUAUCUUAUCCAAAGGAAUUAACUUAUUAAAUUGAAGGCCAUACUAUAUGUGCACUUGGUGAUGCUGCUGCAUGGCCUGUUUAAGGAUUGAUUAGAUCAUACAGAGAAGAGAUAGAAGAAAGAAUCGAAGAUUAUCAUUCAAAACAUCCAGUUAAAGCUAGACAAUUGCGUAGUCAUCCAUAAUAAUCAAAUCAUUGA